AUGCGAAAUUUUCAGGAAUUAUAUCAUACGGAGACGAUACCGGGACACUUAAAAUCAUUCAUUUGGGGCCGACCGCUGAGGGGACUUGUUGUUGAUCCACCAGCACCAAUCGAUAUGGUUGCUUAUCCUGAAGGCUUCAUCGCUGGAACCAUUACUAUGCCUCUUGAUCACUUCGAGGCCACAAACACCAACACAUUCAAUCAGAGAUAUUGGAUGAAUCCACAAUAUGCUAAACCAGGAGGACCUCAUUUUUUGAUGAUCGGAGGCGAAGGAACUGCAAACACAAAAUGGGUGCUGAAUCCAGAAGUGCACAUAAUGAGAGCUGCGAGGAAAUACAGUGCCACUGUUUACAUGCUCGAACAUCGUUACUACGGAGAAAGUUGGCCAACUCCAGAUCAAUCGACUGAAAAUCUCAAAUGGCUCACAUCGCAACAAGCACUCGCGGAUUUAGCUCAGUUCAUUAUGACCAUGAACAAACGACAGAAACUGGUCAAUCCUCAGUGGAUCACAUUUGGUGGCUCUUAUCCUGGAAUGCUCUCCGCCUGGUUCCGACAAUUUUAUCCUGAACUAUCGGUGGGUGCAUUAGCAAGCUCGGCACCGAUAGGAGCGAAAGUCGACUUUUACGGUCGGUCACUUCAAGAAAAAUCUAUUCCAGAAUACUUAAUCGUUGUUGCAAAUUCGUUACGAUUCUUCAACCCGGAAUGCGCCGACAACGUCGGAAAAGCGUUCGAAGAAAUGCAUAAACUUUCGUUAACACAGGAGGGACGUCAAAAUUUGACGAAGAUAUUCACGUACGUUAGAACCCAACGAGCCUUAUGCUCAAUUUGCAGACUGAAACCAGAAUGGACUGCAGGAUCAACGAUUACUGAUGUCGACAUGCAGAAUUUCUUCAGCAAUAUCUACGGUAACUUCCAGGGUGCAGUGCAGUACAACAACGAUAACAGUGUGAGUAGAAUUCAUAUUGGAAAGCAUGCAACUGGUGGAGGAAUAAACGAUGUUUGUAAGUAUAUGGUGAAUAAUGCGAAAACUCCAAUUGAAAAUGUGGCUGAUGUAAAUGCGUAUAUAGCGACGUUUUGGGAUGGUUACUUCAAGUACACUGAUAAUCGCUAUCAAAAUUAUGUUGAUUACUUGAAGAAUAUCACGGCAAAGUGUAUGUUAGAUGUUUUAAUUGCAAUGACUCUUUUCUUCAUUGACACAUGCCGGGAUGCUUUUGGACCAACGUUCACACCAAAAUUCGUUUACGAAGCCAACAAAAAAUCACACAACUAUUAUGGUGGUGUUGAAUAUUAUCAUGUACGUUAUUAUCCACUGCUCACAAUCAGUUACCAAAUUCAGGGCACGAAUGUUCUUUUCACAAACGGUAAUAUUGACCCGUGGCAUGCACUUAGCAAAUACGAUGGCACCGGAAGUGUCACGACGGUUCUUAUGAACGGUAGCAUUGAAAUGGAAACCGAACGUUCCGUUGACGUUUGCGUGUUUGUAGGCACUGCGCACUGUGCAGACAUGUACCCACCACGAAAAGAAGAUGCUCCAGACUUGGCACCUACGAGAGCACUCAUCGAAAAAAAGAUCGGUGAAUGGCUAAGUGAGUUUUCUUGA